AUGAAUUUCUAUUAUGACAAUAAAAAACGAUUGAAGUUAAGUGAUAUUCUGAUGGAACGAGUGCAUGAUGAGCCUCCUGAAAGCAGUGAUGAAAGCGAUUCUGAUGAAUCGAUGGAAGAAUCAGAUGAGGAAACAAAGGAUGGUAGAUGUGAGCGAUGUGGUUUCGAGCAAACCGGAUUGCAGAAGAGCAACCACCAUGAUAGGUUCUUAUGUGACUCAUGUGCUGCACGUUUCAGUGUUGCUGUUGCUGUGACCCGUCAAAAACGAUGUCGAGGUGUACUGAAACGUGUGAAACCGAUGAAGAAUUUCGUUCCAGGUGCUGAUAUGAUCGAUGCAUUUUCAACGUUGAUGAAGAAUAAGACAUCUGCUUUACCUUCGAAUGGCCAAUCAACUUCAUAUGAACAGCCGCAGUACCAAAAUGCGUUUGAGUUUGAAAAGAGUGGAUACAGGGAUGUAUUUCGGGAACAACGCAGAAGGAGGUUAGCAGCUAUUUAA